AUGGUGCCCAAGGCGACAUCAGGUGACUGGAGACCCCGCGACAGCUAUCGUGCCCUCAACAGCGCCACUAUUCCUGAUCGGUACACUGUGCCUCAUUUUCAGGACUUUGCUGGAGCCCUUUUCGGCAAAGCGGUUUUCACGAAGAUUGAUCUGGUGCGUGCUUUUUAGCAUAUUCCGGUCGCUCCUGAGGACAUCCCUAAAACUGCCGUCACCACACACUUCGGUCUCUGCGAGUUCAUGCGUAUGCCGUGCGGUCUUCGUAAUGCCCCCCAAACGUUCCCGAGGUUCAUCGACCAUGUCUUACGUGGCCUACCCUUUGUGUACGCCUAGAUCGAUGACUUCUUGGUGGCCAGCCGGAAUGAAUAAAAACACAAAGAACAUCUUGCCUUGGUGUUUAACCGCCUUGACAAGUUUGGCGUUGUCAUCACCCCCUCCAAGUGCGUGUUGGGUGUACCUUCACUAGAGUUCCUCGGCCAGUAUGUCGACUCUGAAGGUUUGCGCCCCCUUCCCCCCCAAGGUUGAAGCAGUUCGUAAUUUCCCUCCACCAACUUCCAAGCCACAGUUGCAGCGAUUCCUCGGCAUGGUCAAUUUUUACCGUCGGUUCCUACCGAACUGUGCUGACCUCAUGUUGCCGCUCACCAACAUGCUUUCUUGUCCCAAAGCCCACCUCGAGCUGACUGGUGAAGCACUGACUGCCUUUGAGAGAAUCAAGAAUUCCCUUGCCGACGCCACCUAACUCACACAUCCCGCUCCUGAUACUCAGCUGUCUCUGAUGGUAGAUGCUUCGACCGUAGCCGUAGGUGCAGUCCUUCAAGAACACCUUACUGGUUCGACUCGACCACUUGCCUUUUUCUCCUAAAAGCUCUUACCAACUGAGACACGCUACAGUACCUUUGGCCGUGAAUUACUUGCCAUUUACCUGGCUGUAAAGUAUUUCCGGCAUUUUCUUGAAGGUCGUGACUUCACUGUUUUCACUGACCACAAACCGUUGACUUUUGCACUUCGUUCCCACUCCCACAAGUACAAUCCGAGGGAAAUCGCCCACUUGGACUGCAUCUCCCAAUUCACCACCGACAUCUGCCACAUUGAUGGCACUAAGAAUGAGAUGGUUGAUAUGCUGUCCAGACCCUCACUGCCUUCCCUCCAACUCUCACACGGGAUCGAUGUUUGUGCCAUGGCGACUGAGCAACAGCGAGUCGGUUGUCCUUGCGACGAGUCUGUUAGUGGUCUCCAACUCAGAGGCGUUCUUCUGACCACCGGCACUGGUACCAUACUUUGUGACGUCUCAACUCCCUUUCAUCGCCCUUUCUUGCCCGCCUCGAUGCGUCGAGCUGUAUUUCAAACUUUGCAUGGACUCUCCGACCCUGGGAUCCGAGCCUCUUAA